GGUCCACACCUGCUCGUAGGUAAACAGACACUACCACUCAAAAUUAUUGAAAGAUCUCAGUGUGAGGGAGCGGCGAACUUGAAAAGUCUGACUACACAGUAACGUUGGGCGACUUCUUGAGUCUACAAAGUUGACUAAAGUGUAUUCACUGUAGACAAAUGGUGGAUUUAGAGCACCAUUGGUCAUAUAACAAGUAAUCUAGUAUUUUAAAAAAAGGCAAUCUAUGGGGGGUUUUUGGUCGCUCUUACGAUAACUUCUGACAUGAUCAUCUUUGGUGUGCUGGGAGCAUGGAUCUUGGACUGCCGCUGAGCCCUGGCGACAGCGCUAACGUGACUGAAAGCCUGAGAGUGGUGGUGAAAGAGGAGGAUAUCAAAGAGGAGGAAUAUGAUCAUGUGAGUUCAUUACAUGAUGAAGAAGAAAAGCCUGUGGUGGAGCUUCACUGUAAAACUGAAACGGACAUUGAAACCGAAGUCGCAGAGUCUUACAGCCUGAGAGUGGUGGUGAAAGAGGAAGAUGUUAAAGAAGAGGAAUAUGAUCUUGUGAUUUCAUUACAUGAUGAAGAAGAAAAGCCUGUGGUGGAGCUGUGGAGUAAAACUGAAACGGACAUUGAAACCGACGUUGCGGACUCAGACUACAGCGGUACAACGACUCACAGUGAAACACUACAGACAACCGUGAAGACUGAAGUGAAGAAAGAAGAUGAUGAGCAAGAGAAUGAUUAUCUGGUGGAAAGUGCAUCAGAACACCCGAGCACAGUGCAACACCAGAGCCAUGGACAGAACGAUCAACUCAACCUGCAACCGAAUGGAGGAACGUACGACUGCACCGUCUGCAGCAAGAGUUUCACGGCCCUGAGAGAUUUGGAGAAACACCAGAAGACACACACUGUUACUAGUCAAAGCAGACAACAGCCAAAGAAAUCUUAUCAAUGUACCCACUGUGGAAAAAGUAUUACUCGCAUGACAAAUCUUAAACAGCACAUGCUUACACAUACUGGAGAGAAGCCUCAUAAAUGUACCCAUUGCGGAAAACCGUUCACAAAACCCUCACAACUUAAACUUCACAUGCUAAUACACACCGGAGAGAAGCCUCAUAUUUGUGCCCACUGUGUAAAAGCGUUUUUAACAUCCACAGAACUUAAACGCCACAUGCUUACACAUACUGGAGAUAAGCCUCACACAUGUGUUCAGUGUGGAAAAGGUUUCUCACUAUUGCCAAAUCUUAAAAGACAUCUGUUAAUACACACCGGAGAGAAGCCUCAUAGAUGCGCCCAGUGUGGAAAACAUUUUACAGGACUCUCAGUACUUACACUUCACAUGCUUACACAUACCGGAGAGAAGCCUCAUGAAUGUGCCCAGUGUGGAAAAGAGUUUUUAACCUCCCCAAAACUUAAACUUCACAUGCUUACACAUACCGGAGAGAAGCCUCAUAAAUGUACCCAUUGCGGAAAACCGUUCACAAAACCCUCACAACUUAAACUUCACAUGCUAAUACACACCGGAGAGAAGCCUCAUAUUUGUGCCCACUGUGAAAAAGCGUUUUUAACAUCCACAGAACUUAAACGCCACAUGCUUACACAUACUGGAGAUAAGCCUCACACAUGUGUUCAGUGUGGAAAAGGUUUCUCACUAUUGCCAAAUCUUAAAAGACAUCUGUUAAUACACACCGGAGAGAAGCCUCAUAGAUGCGCCCAGUGUGGAAAACAUUUUACAGGACUCUCAGUACUUACACUUCACAUGCUUACACAUACCGGAGAGAAGCCUCAUGAAUGUGCCCAGUGUGGAAAAGAGUUUUUAACCUCCCCAAAACUUAAACUUCACAUGCUUACACAUACCGGAGAGAAGCCUCAUAAAUGUGUCCAGUGUGGAAAAGGUUUCACGCUACUGUCAAAUCUUAGAAGACAUCAGCCAAUACACACUAUAGAGAAGCCUCAUAAAUGUGUCCAGUGUGCAAAAGCGUUUUCAACAUCCCCAGAACUUAAAGGCCACAUGCUUACACAUAUUGGAGAGAUGCCUUAUACAUGUGUUGAGUGUGGAAAAGGUUUCUCAGCAUAUUCAAAACUUAAAAGACAUCUGUCAAUACACUCUGGAGAGAAGCCUCAUAAAUGUGUCCAGUGUGGAAAAGCGUUUUCAAUAUCAUCAACUCUUAAACGACACAUGCUCAUACACACAGGAGAGAAGCCUCAUAAAUGUGCCCAGUGUGAAAAAGCGUUUCUAACAUCCUCAGAACUUAAACGCCACAUGCUAUCACACAGACAGAAGCCUCGUGAAUGUGUAGAGUCUUCUUUUAUACAUUUCAACUCUUAAAACACACAUGAUAUCGCUCACUGGACAUAAGUCUGAAAAAUGUGCCCUGUGGGAAAAAGCGUUUAAAUUAUCCAAACAUCUUAAAUACCACAUGCUUACACGUACUAGACAAAAGCCUCGUUGAUGUGUCCAGUGGAGAAAGCCAUUUCAACACUCCAAGAUCUACAGUACAACACCUUACACACACUGGGAGAGAAGCCUUCUGCAUGUGCCCAGUGUGGGAAAGGUUUUAAUUUCUUCAUCAACAGCUCUGAUGAGAAAAAACAUUUAAAAGAGUGAGAUCUUAACCCCGCAAGGAUUUGAAAAAAACUAUUUCACAGCUCUCUGCGAGUUUUUGUCCUAAAAAUAUAGAAAACACUUUUUUAAAAGAAAAUGUAUCGAUGGCGCUUUGUGAAAACAAUAAAAGAAAAUCUUAGGAUUUAUACACUUAGCUUUCCUUUAUUGUAUUCUUUGCUGGUUUGUUUGUUUCUCUGUUUGUAUUUGUAUUUGUAUAUUUUCCUUCUACGAUGUAAAGCGAGUUCAAGUUCAAGUUCAAUAAGUUCAAUUUAAACUUGGGUUAGAGAAAGGUGUUAUACAACUUAUUAUUAUUAUUAUUAUUAUUAUUACUUGUUGUUGUUGUUGUUGUUGUUGUUGUUGUUGUUGUUGUUGUUGUUGUUGUUAUUGUGUAUGUAAAUAUGUGACCCUGCAAAGCGUAUGUAAAUAUGUGACCCUGCAAAGCAAAACCAGUCGCUUUGCACUCUAUGCUAUAUUGAGAAAAUCCAUAAUAAAUAAACGUUAGGGAUAAAAUGUUGAAUUUUAUGUUUUUACUGCAUUCGACAGUAUACAAUCUACUCUUUCAUAUUGUGAACAAAUUUCAUGAAAAAACUGAAGUUUUGACUCUUAUACCCGGUGACGAUUCAACACAUUAGCAGUCAUUCCUGUUGUUCACGCCGCUCUUCUGGCAUGUUGUAAUGGGAGAACCAUGUAAACUUUGAAUGUGGUAAUCUUAGCGAUAGUUUUUCAAAUAUCCUCGAUAUACAUAUUGUUGGAAAGCUUAGUUUAUGGCCAUUCAUGUGAGCACAAUAAUGUAAUUUUGUACAUUUUACCAAAGCGACUGGUUUCGCUUUGCAGGGUCACAUAUGUGAUGUACAGUAUAUAUGAAGAGCUCUUUUCCGAAACGCUAUAAAUCCAUUUUUUUUCUAAUGAAGUUGCGAUAAGUCAACUGACGAGCACGAACGAAAAGGAAAGACAGGGGAACAGAUUGCUAAAGUAAUUCCACAGGAAAUAUUGUUAUACUGUCUACAUGAGCAUGAUGAAUACACGGUAUCAAUGAGGCUCAAAAGGUUUGCAAUAUGUUCCCAUCCUUCUUGUUCGUUCGUACUCGUCAGUCGACUUAUCGCAACUUCAUUACAAGAUGGCGGCCAGCGGAGAGAUUCUAUGAAGGUACUGCUUGU